AUGGCGAAUCACGAAAGGAUCCAUCUGAAUUUGAAGGCUUCUCGUGUGAAGAAUUACACAGGGGGGGUUGCGGCUGAUGAUAUCCCUGAUGAAAUGAUUCAUCGCAUUCAAUCUUUCAUGAAUGCCCGCUUUGCCGCCCGAACCACUGUGUUAUUCAAAUCCUGGCGCCUCGCAUGGCUCACGCGCCCCGAUCUCGAUUUCCGAGACCAAGAUUUCUCUCGAUCUACCGAGUUCUGGGAAUUCGCACUCAACACUUUGCAGAGGUACAAAGAUUCCAAGCUAAGGAUCUAUAGUUUCCGUCUAGAUAUGGAGACUGUUGGAGAUCAUCAGCUAGCUAAAAUAAUGAUUAUAACAGCGAUCGAAUUGGGGGCUACUAAUCUCACGCUUCGAAUUCGGAGAUGGGGUCUUGACUCUUUGUUUAAUUUACCAGAUGCGGUUCUUCAUUCCGAAACCCUAACUGUUUUAUCUGCUCAUGAAUGCCUAAUUGAUCUCCAAUAUGGGAAGAAAGAGGGCUUAACAAUCGGCAGCCGAUCACUCGAGCUCAUUACCCUAUACAGGUAUGGCAACAAGAUUACGAAUGGGAAGUUUGAUGUUCCUAAUAUUCGCAAGUUUAAGGUGGUGGGGGAUCAUUUGCCGCAGCUGGAUGAGUUCAAGACAAGUAGUAAAAGGGAAUGGGAGUCAGAUAUACAAAUACACUGUGACCCCAAAUUGGUAAUCGUUGAUGCACGCUUUAUGGGGGAGGUGGAUCUGGCAGCUACAUUUCAACAGGUUGGAGCUUUUCUGGAGUGA